AUUGAAUCCAUUGGAGCUGAUGUGGGUCGGUCGCGUCGCCAUUGCAGGAAUAUAUUAAUAAAACAAAUAUGGUGAAAUCAGAAAGACUUCCAAUGAUAGAAGCUUCGUGUUAAAUCUUGUAUCGUAUUUUAACCUGACAAAAUGUAUUCCGCGUUUAAAUUGCUCAUAAUUGUCCUGUAUUGUGCGGCACAAUACGUGAACGCUCAAUACUGUUAUCCAAAAACCUGCCAAGAAGUGGUGAGUGACGUAAAAACUGCAAUAAAAGCAACUGGUCCUCAAUGCCGCAUAAAACCUAUCGCAGACGAUGAUUGUGUUAAACUUAGAUUUGACGGAUGGAAUCAUUUGUUUCUUGAAGAGAGCUUCACUCGAUUUCAAUUGUUUGCUUAUGUUAUCCAUACAGGAGGAAUAUUUGAAGAAAGAAUGACUGCAUUUAAUUUAUCAUUUAACAACGCCCGUUUCUUUAGAUUAACUAUACGUUAUCAAAGUCUGAUGGAUGAUAAUUUAUCCGUGUGUACUCACGUUGCUACAUAUACAUAUCCUAAUAUGACUGAUUUACUACCUGACAGGUUCCUUUUAACUUGCCCUAUUACAAAUCAAUCUUUUGAAGGAACCCCUUAUCGUUUAGAGUAUUUCAUAAGUGGAAGAAGAUUUGAGUACAAUAAAAAACUUAUUUUUACGAUCCCUUAUCAUGAGUCUAUUGAUGAAGAUAAUGACAUUACCACGUACUUACCAUUCCUUUAUAUAGAUGUUACUGAUGCAUUACUCUUCAAAUUAUUUAUACAACCAGUUCCUAUAAAAUUUAAUGUAACUUCAUAUAGAAUUUGGUUAACAAACAAUAGCACGGGUAUAACGAUCGAUACGAUAAUUUCUCAGCCACUAGAUGGAAACCAUUUGCAAUACAAUUUUUCCAUAUUAGAUGGAAUCUAUUAUUUCCAAGUUGCAGCUUUGCAUCCUAAUUGUGGCAAAUAUGGAUGUAUUAAUUCCACUUCACCGUUCAUAAGCAUAAAGGAAGCAUCACACCGUAUGCUCAUUAUGAUAAUCAGUAUUAUAUGGAUACCCCCUGUGAUAUUAUAUGCGUUUUACCACAUUUAUAAGUUAUGUAAGACUAAUGUAAAGAGAAACAGAAAGAAACCCGAUUGCUUAAUUGUUUAUGCGCCGACGCGCGAAUCACAUAUCACAGUUAUGGCCGAAUUAACAAAAUAUUUGAGAUGCUGCAAUAUUAAUGCCAUGAUAGAUAUGUUCGACAUUUCGGAAUCCGUAUCGAAGGACGUUGAAUUUUGGUGUAAAACUGCAUUUAAUUCUGCUGACAUUAUUCUCAUUGUGACGUCACCACCGCCUAACAAAUUUGUGUCAACUAUUUACGAGAAUAUUGAUAGUUACAUAUUGCAACUGAUCCGCGAGAAUUAUGGAGAAAAGCACAAACGGUAUUAUAUCUUACAAUUGCCCUAUUGCAAGCCGACUGAUUUGCCGGAUGAGGCUCAACGUUUCCAACGUUUUCGUAUGCCGGAAGAAUUGCCGAAGUUAGUCCGUACGGUUCAUAACGUUGAUUACAUUCGAUUCUUUGGUUUUUCCAAUAAAGAGGUGCUACUGGAAAGUAUUAAGUUAGCUGAAAUAGAGAUGUUAGACGAUGGUACUUAUAACGAUAAGAAUGCUGAUGAAACUGAUGAUCUUUUACCAUCCGCUGGGCCGCUAGAUGAUAUUGAGACUGAAGAUAUGAAUCUCGAGAACAACAAUCCAAUGUCUUCGAACGAUGGGAAGGGCGAAUCUGAUUCAUUGGAAACAAAAUAUUGUGAGCUUCAAGGUGGAAAAAAUAUUACCGCCGAUUCCGAUUCCGAUGAGUAAUAUCAUAUAAACGUAGUAUUGAUCAUAUUAUGAAUGUAUCGAAAAUUAAACAAUGUAAUUGAUGUUCUGCCCGUAUAUAAUGAGGCAUGAUUCCAAUGAUACUCCUAUAUAACAUCUUGAUGUAUACCUAUAUACUACAAUGAAUUUAUGUCUGACGUCAUAUAAACGACGACCAUAUUUAAUAAAUGUAUAAGUGUUUACCGUGA